AUGGGUGGUAAACAAUCGGUUCCCAAGAUAUCCGCCCAGGAUAGGGCUAUUGUUGACUUGAAGAACCAACGGGAUGAAGUCAAGCGGUACCGUAAACGAGCAAUUAUAUUGGACCGAGAACAGGCAAUCGCCAAAGAAGCUCUCGCGAAUGGAAACAAACGAGUUGCACUCAUCGCAUUACGAAGGAGAAAGUACCAAGAAAGUAUGCUGCAGAAAACCGACGGGCAACUAGAAACGUUGGAGAAUCUGGUGUCGUCAAUCGAGUUCGCCCUGGUCGAAAAGGACAUUAUAUUCGGCCUGCAACAAGGGAACCAAGUGCUCAAAACCCUUCAUGCGGAAAUGAGUCUCGAGGAUGUAGAGAAGUUAAUGGAGGAAACGGCCGAGGCUGUAGCGUACCAAAACGAAAUCGAUCAAAUGUUGACGAGUCGGAUGACUGUGGAUGAGGAAGAAGCCGUUCAGAGGGAGUUGGAGCAGUUGCAGGCUGAGGCCUUGGGAAUUGCGCCAAUACACGAACCUUCACCUGCCGAGCCGGUCAAACUUCCGUCUGUGCCUACGACAGAGCCAGCGCGCGAAGAACCAGCCAAAGAAGCCGAACAGCGAGUGGCACUUGCUGCAUGA